GUGUGGUGCGGUCUGUGAAGGGGACGCUGAGCAGCCAGUUUGUGGAGAACUGCGAGGGUGUCGUCCAGAGGCUGACGCUGGAGGGACAGAGUGACCACGAGAAGAUCAUCCACCAGAGAACCAACACUGUCCCCUUCGAGCUGGCCCCCGCCGAGGCUGGCACCGGUGGCAUCGUCAGGGGGCUGGAGGCNGUCGAGCUCAGCCUGGAGACGGUGCAUGAACAAUUUCAUCCUUCUGUCCUCUCCUUUGGCGACGCCAUCGGCCAUUACAUCAGUGGCGAGCGGCCGAAGGGCGUUCAGGAGACGGAGCAGAUGCUGAGGGUGGGCACAGCGCUGACAGGGGUGGGUGAGCUGUUCCUGGAGGACGCUGCCAUCAAGCUGCAGCCCCCCAAGCAGGGCUUGCCCUACUACCUGAGCACGGCGGGCUUCCGCGCCCUGCUGCAGAGAGAGGAAUCCGCUCUCCGCCUCUGGAAAAUGCUGAGUGUCGCGUGCGGUUUUGUCACUUGCGCUGUUUUCUUUUUCAUCCUGCGGAAGCAAUAUCGACGGCACCGGGAGAGACGGCGCCUCCGGGAAAUGGAGGAGGAAUUCCGACAGGCGCGGGAACGCCUGAUACGCCAAGCGAAGGCAGAAAACGGAGAGAGGCCCAAAAACGCCUGCGUCAUCUGCAUGAGCGACGUCAAAUCCUGCGUCUUCCUGGAGUGCGGCCACGUCUGCUCCUGCCAU